AUGGCUGAUAAUCCUGCAAAGUAUUUCGAUGACCUUGCAACCACAUAUGAAAGUCUCAUCGGACUCAUCACCGCCGACAUUGCCCACCAUAUCUUGUACGAAGUAUUACCCGCACCGGAUUCCACAGCGGUGAUUCACGACAACGCAUGUGGCACCGGCAUUGUCACUCAAUACCUAGAGGACAUCGCCUCAAGGACAAGAUUGUACCCCACCAUCCUCGCCACCGACUUUGUCCCGUCCGUCGUGGAGGUCGCCAAACGAAAAAACAUCUCGGUGAUGGAUUCUCAGGCUCUCACGUUCCUCGAUGACUUCUUCGACUUGAGCAUCACCAACUUUGGCAUUUUUUUCCUGCCGGAGCCACAGAAGGGCGCGGAUCAUAUCUAUCGAACGCUCAAGCCAGGCGGGGUCGCCGUCGUCACAAGCUGGAAAGCACGACCUUUAAUGGACACCAUUAAGGCAGCGCAAAGAUUAAUUUGUCCGGGCACGAAGCCAUUUGGGGCUCCAUGGGAGAGAGAAUGGAGUAAAGAAGAAACUCUCCGAAAUGUUCUUGAGAACGCAGGCUUCAAGGGCGAAAAUAUUCAAAUCGUCGAGAAAAGAACUGAUGCUGUCUACGAGCCAUUUAUGCGUGAUGUACACAUGGUGGCAAAAGCCUAUACAUCGAUGAUUGAAGAAUGGCGCGAGGAAGACAAGGAGAAGCUGGGUCCAGAGAUGUUGAAGAUCUUGCAAGCCCGCGAAGAUGGCCUGGCGGAAGGGCUAUGUCUCGUAGCCUAUAUUGCUAUUGCGAAGAAGUAG